GUGUCUUCACUAUGAGCACAUUCCAAGUGAACCCUCCGCUUCUACACGCUAAAACCGCUGUGUUGUUGUUUUUAUCUUAUUUAUUACAUUUUUUGAGUCUUGAUUUGUGGGUUUUGUUUAAUUUCGAGCUUAGCGGAGAGGAUGAAGAGGUAAAUGAGGAAUGCAGGAGUUUCUGCUGAUAGUGAACAGCAGUCCAGCAGUACUAAUCUCACCUGAGACUGGAGGAGAAAGGGUCUAAACUCUUCUGGUGGACUUUCUGCACACUCUUCUUCUAUAUCUCAGUAAUUCUGACUGGAAGAAGCUUUAAACCGCUGAGCUGAGGAGUUCUGGUGAAGAUGGCUGGAGAGGAAGACCCCUGGAAAGAAGUGCUCGACAGUGUGCAGGAUGCCGUGGGCCGGCAGGUAAAACUGACCCUGAAGAAGAAGGUGCAGCUGGAAGUCAAAAGUGAGAAACUGGAGAGCAGAAUCCUGGCUCUCGCUGCACACCGGGCCUAUUUGCUGUCUGCUCGAGCGCCCGCCAGGAUAGAACAGACCUUCAAUUUCUUCGAUAUUCAGUCCGUCAGCAGCAACAAGUCUAAUCAGUUGGUUCUGGAGUAUGAUAAAGGACAGCUGUCGGUGAAGCUCAGCUCUAAUGAGGAGGUUGAUGAAGUCAUCGCUCAGAUUGGGAGCAGCAUACAGGAGCACUGUCCAGGACUGAACCCAGUGAGAGUGAUUAAGAAGUUGUCAUUAAAGCCAGCAGAGAGGGUGACCAGUCUGCAGACACUGUGGGAGAAUAACACUCCUGCCGACACUGGACCCUGCGGUGCAUUCUCUCGUAUGUAUUGGUGUUUAUGUGAUCAGCAGGGGUUUCCCUACAGAGAGGAGGUGCAGUGGGAUGUGGACACUAUUUACCUCACCCAAGACACACGAGAGCUGAACCUGCAGGAUUUUAUUCACCUGGAGAACAGGGAUCUGAUGGGCAUUGUGGCUGUGCUGGAGUACAACCAGUGGUUCACCAGACUCUCCCUGAAGGACUACAAACUGUCCACAGAUUUGUGUGAUCAGAUCCUGAGAGUAGUGGCUCGUUCUAGCAGGCUAGAGGAGCUGGUUCUGGAAAACACAGGACUCAAAGCUGAUUUUGCACAGAAGUUGUCCAGUGCUCUGAGCCAGAACCCACACUCUGCUCUACACACACUCGUCCUCACCAACAACUCUUUGGAGGACAAAGGCAUCGCAUCUCUGAGCUCUUCACUGGGAAAACUUUCAUCUGGCCUGAAACAUCUUAACCUCUCCAAAAACUCCCUCUCAACUAAAGGUGUGAAUAUUCUGGCUCAGGCUCUCUGUUCCAACCCCUCCAUCUUCAACACACUAACACACCUUGACCUGUCUGGGAACUCACUGAGGGGGGACGACCUGCCUAAUCUGUGGAAUUUCCUGGGUCAGCCGAACAGCCUGCAGACUCUGGACCUGUCCAGCUGUGACUGCUCCCUGGACCUGGUGUGCUCCUCUUUAUUGCGAGGUUCUCUGAAGCACCUUUCAGUUUUAAACAUGUCCAAGAGUGUCUUCAAUCUCAAGAGAGGAAAGGAGUUGCCGUCUUCCUUCAAGCAGUUCUUUAACAAUGCUCAGGCCCUCAACACCAUCAUCCUCUCUGGUACCAAGCUCCCUCUGGAGGCCCUCAAAGCCCUGUUGCUGGGUCUGGCCAGCAACCCCAACCUGAAGGACAUCUCUUUAGAUCUGAGCAGCUGUGAGCUGCGAUCAGCUGGAUCUCAGAUUCUGGAGGGCUGUAUAGCUGAAAUACCAAACAUCUCCAGCCUGGACAUAUCAGACAACGGUCUGGACUCUGAUCUGACCACUCUGCUGGUGUGGCUCGCUAAAAACCGCUCCAUCAGAAAUCUGUCUCUGGGCAAGAACUUCAGCAACAUCAAAUCCAAGAAUCUGGGUCAGGUUCUGAGCAGUCUGGUGCUGAUGAUCCAGGAAGAGGAGUCUCCGCUGAGCUCUCUCUCGCUGGCCGACUCCAAGCUGAAGGCGGAUCUGUCCAUAGUGCUGAACGCUGUGGGGGGAAACAGCUCUCUGACUCGCCUGGACAUCAGUGGAAACAGCAUGGGGGACAUGGGGGCCAAGAUGCUGGCUAAAGCUCUUCAGAUCAACACUAAACUAAGGACUGUGAUUUGGGACAGGAAUAAUGUCAGUGCACAGGGGCUACAGGAUGUUGCAGCUGCUUUGGAGAAGAAUUACACCAUUCGCUUUAUGCCAAUGCCGAUCAUGGAUGCUGCUCUGGCUCUCAAAUCCAGUCCGGAGAAAACUGAGGAUGCCCUCAUGAAGAUGGAGCAGUAUCUGCUGAGGAACCAUGAGACGAGGAAAUACCUGCAAGAACAGGCCUACAGACUGCAGCAGGGCAUCGUUACCUCCACCACACAGCAGAUGAUUGACAGGUUGUGUGUGAAGGUGCAGGACCAUCUGAACUCACUUCGCUUCAGUGAGAGAGAGAUUGUACAGGAGGACAUGAAGGCAGCUGAGAAACUCGUACAGGACGCCCGUAACUCAAAAAGACUGCUGGCCAACAUGUACCACCUGCGCUCGUUGGGGCGUGGAGGAGGUGUGUCUGAGGGCGGGGAGAGUCCGUGGGCGGGGCCUAUCCAGGAGGAACUGCAGUCGAUGGUGGGAGAGAUCAGCACGGUCAUAGACCAGCAGCUCCAGAGUUUAUUAGUGUCCAUGGUGGACACUGCAGAGAGUGUGUGUCCUCACGUGAUGCGUAAAGCCAACCUGAGGCCGGCUUUGAUGCGGGCGAGCGAGGGGAAGAUGAGCGUACCCCAGUCCUUCAUUACCGACACUUUACUCAAGCAGUCUGCUGUCGACAUCAUCAACAAGAUCAGUGAAGUAAAGCUCAGCUUGGCCUCGUUCCUCUCUGAUCGCAUCAUUGACGAGAUUUUAGCGUCCCUCUCUCGCUCUCAACAAAGACUGGCGGAGCACCUGAGUAGGCGUGGCCAGCCACUAUUGCAUCAUGAUUCAGAGGAGACUGAGGUUGUGGACGAGACAAACCUGCUGCCAGAGAACCUUCCAGCACCUCCAGAUGACCUGCUGCUGACUCCCACGUCCAAGAGGAAGAGUAUUCUCUUCAGAAUGGUGCGGCCAGUCUCUGUGGCCUUCGAACUGGAGUUUGAUCUGGAUAAAGCUCUGGAGCACGUUCCCAUCCACCUGGAGGACCUGCCCCUCCCUCUCCCCCCUACCCCGGUGGAGGCAGAGCUAGUGAGGCAGAGGAGUGUGGGUCUCAGUGACCUGCCAGAAACAGAGAGUCCAAAACUACAGCACAUCACCAAGCAGAGACCCCGCAGGAAGAAGACCGCCAAAACCAGCAAACCACCUGCUCUCAGACGUGCUGCUCCUGUUGAAGAGGUGGAGCUGGAGAGCUUAGUGGGGAAAGUGGAUGAGGGUGUGGACGAAUUCUUCUCCAAAAAAGUCACAAAGAUUGGAGCCAAGCGUUCCUCUGUGAGAGACUCAGUGGUGGAGGGGGAGAGGAAGAGGGAGUCUCGUAUGAGCGGCUUCUUCAACCUCAUCAAGUCUCGGACCUCCACCAAAACCCCACCCACCAGCCCUCAUACUCCCUCCACUGCACCAGCCAGCGUAACACCGACCACCACCACUCCCAUAGUGACAACCGCCAACCCACCAAUAACAGCAGCAGCAUCUGUAGAGGAGUCCGAUGAAACAGAUUCCACUAAAACUGCAGUCAAAAGUCCACUUCCUGAUCCCCCUGCUGAGCCAAUCAGCUCUCAGCCUGUGGAGAAGGCUGGACCAUGUGACCAUGGAGAAGUAGCAGCAGCCCCUGAGCCUAAAGCUCAAGCAGAGGAGGGUAAGAAGAAGGAAGGAGCGCCCGCUGGCAGAAUACGAGGGGUACAGGUGAUGGGUAAUGACUUCCUUGCUCAGCUCCGAGCCAAACAGGAGAAGUUGAAGGAGAAGGCACCUGAAUCCUCCGUUCCUACAGUCAAACUUCAGACUGAGCAUGGUGAGGGAGGCAGCAGCACUGUAGAGAAGCUUCUUCACAAAGAGCCCCACCCAGAACCUGCCUUUAGAUCCCACUCUCCACUGUCUCAACCAAAACAUGCUGGACCUCCGCAUGCUCCUAUACCUGCCCACGUACCUGCAACCAAGCUUACACCUGCCACCUCCACCCAGGCUGCCACUAAAUUCACACUCACCCCCCACCCCAACAGCUCCAAACCUGCCCAGAACCCCCAGCCAUCUCCACCACCAAGCCUAGAAAGACUCCCGAGCCUGGAGCCUCAACCCAGCUCUCAGGUUCCUUCACCACCCAUGAACAAGACUCCAAGCCUGGAGCCUCUACCCAGCCCUCGGGUUCCUCCACCACCAGUGACCAGUCCUCCAAGCAGCAGCAGCAGCUCCAGCAUUUCUGCAGAUGACGUUGUCUCAGGCCGCCCCAGUGCCGGCUCUUCCCCCAUGCUGCCUGUACCUGCUCCACGUGUCAAGAGUGCACCAUCUGACACAGAGACCAAGGAGCAAUCACCAGUUUAUCACAGCUCAGACAGGAUCCCACCACAUAUCAUGUUGGAUCCUGCAGUAGAGGACAGUGUGUUUGAGUCAGAACUCAACACACACACAUCACACACUCCAGAAACCGGACAACACUCAUCACCACGUCACUCCUCAACCCAUCCUGCUGAAAAAGAGGAUCACCAGCACUCCACGUCCCUCCCCUCACCUGUGGACCUGAUGAGUCCCACAGACUUUCCAUCAGCUCCAAGUCUCAGCACCACUGAUUCAGACAGUGAGCACCAGCCAGAUGAUCAACAUACUGAGAUACCUGAUGAGGACGAAACAUCAGAAUAAACACAGACCUCUGGACAAACUCUGGAUAAUCACCAUCUUUCUGAUCUGUGAGAUGCUUCAGAUUAAACCCUGACUCCCCCAUGCUUUAAAGUUCCUACCAAAGACAUCACGACUGCCUCUGACUCACAUUUACUGAUAACCACCUGGAUCUUCAGCCACCUGUGAUCAUAAACCACCCUCUGACUGUGCUCCCAUGUGACUGUAAUGGACAUAAUGUCAAUCGAUGUUAAAAGUCUAAUCACCUUUUCACCAAAUAACUAAUUAAAUGAUCAAUCUUCGGACCAUUUAUAUAUUCUAUAUUUUCUUUAAUUAUCUUUAUUAUAUUCAGUUAUUUGAAUAAUUGAUGCAUUUUUUUAUGUAAUAGAGUAUUAUUCCUGUUUUUCAUAUAUGUAGGUGUGGUGUUGGUGGGUUUUAACCUUAAAUAAUAGCUGUAAAAUGUCUCUAUUUUAAUGGAAUAUAUUGAUGUGUUUAUACAUUGCUUUUAUGUGGAUAAUUUAGGGCCAAUGAUGCCCAUUGAUCAUAUGGGGAAAUAUUGUCGUUAUAUUUGUUGUCAAUAUUGUCAAUUGUUAAUGCAUUUGUACAUUUUUACUGGCAAAAAAAUAUACAUAUAUAUUUUUACUCUGAA